AACAACAAAUAAUAAUAAAAAACCUCAAACCAAAAUAAUACCGGUCCUCUUUUCUCCAUUACGGAGACUACCAACAACAAUGAAAAAAAAAUUCUAGAGAGAGAAACAAACCAAAAACAAAAAAAGAUAAGGCCUAGAGAGAGAAACCCACCACCCAUCGGAAAAUCAAGAAACCUUCAACCCCAUCAAAAUGAUCUCUCACAUCAAUCAAACCCAAUAAUCUUUUCAAGAUCGUGAAAAGAUCCGUUACCCAUCUCGGAUCCCACCCUAUUGUACCCGACCCGACGGAAAACAGUCAUGCGACGGGGCAGAACACCGAAAACCGCCGCCGGAGAACCGAUCGGAGCCAGACCGGAGGACAACACCACAGAGCCACGCUACCGGGGGGUUCGAAAGAGACCAUGGGGCCGGUUCGCGGCAGAGAUCCGUGACCCGUGGAAGAAAGCGCGGGUCUGGUUAGGUACGUUUGACUCCGCGGAGGACGCGGCGCGUGCGUACGACGCCGCCGCACGCGCUCUCCGUGGAUCCAAAGCGAAAACAAAUUUUCCGAUUUUACCCUCGGAAAAAGUUGAAAACUUUGAUGACGUCAUGAAACCACGGCCUACGGUGAGUAGUUUGAGUAGUACGGUGGAGUCGAAAAGUGGAAACCGGUCGAACUUGAUUAACCCGGUUCAGAGAUUGAACCUGAACCCGGUUCAGACUGAUGUUAUGAAUGAUGAUGAUGAUUGUCAUAGUGGGUGUGACUCAUCUUCAUCUGUUGUGGAUGAUUAUUAUUGUGAUGUGGAUCUGACGUCAUCGGUUUUGGUUAGGAAACCGUUGCCGUUUGAUCUGAAUUUGCCUCCUCCUCCUCCACCGUCGGAUGAGUUUGGGUUUUGUUCUAACGAUAACGGUAACGACAAUGAUGAGUUAUAUGUAACGGCCCUUUGCUUGUAAGCUGGUAUGAUGGUUGAUGAUGAUGAUGAUGUGAGAUCUACGGUUGAGAUGUGUUCUGAAAUGGUUCAAGAUGAGAGGUUUGUGGUGAAGUUGUUGUGAUUUAUGAAUCUUGAUUUGUUUUAGAAUGUUAUUGUUGUCUAUGAUGAUGAUGAUGAUAUGAUGAUGAUAUUUGUAGAUUAGUGUAAUGUAAUUUGAGGUUACUAUGCGAUCUAUAUUGCGCUUCAAUGUUGAAGUGCGCUUCGACGUUGAAGUGUUAGUGUAGAUCGUCGUAAUUUUACAGAGAAUCAUGAUCAUGAAGUUGUAAUGUGUAAUUCAUGAAAGAAAAAAAAAAUCCCCAGUUUGGAUGAUGAUGAUGAUCUUGAUCUUGAGUUUUUCUUUA